AUGAGCUACUCUGCCACUUCGCGGGUCCUCUGGAGCCGAAUUUCGGAUUCCCCGGCCGUCGCCGCCUGGAACUCCGGUAUCAAGGAGGCCGUGGAUCGGGGGUGCUUCGAUGGGGGCCUUCGACUCUACAACCAGAUGCGCCGCGCCGGCCUCCGGCCCGACUGGUUAACCUUCCCCUUCGUCGUCAAGGCCUGCGCGAAGGUCGCCGACGACAUCUGUGCCCGGGCCGUGCACGGGCACGUGGUCAAGUCCCCCUUCUGCUCCGACGUCUUCGUUCAGACGGCGCUGAUGGACAUGUACCUGAAACACGGGCGGCUGGAUUCCGCUGCCGCCGUGUUCGAAGCGAUGCCUGAGAGAGACGUCGCAGCCUGGAAUGUGAUGCUGAUGGGAUUCUCUCAGCUGGGUUCUCUCUCUAGAACACUGGGUUUUUUCCGAGUGAUGAGGCUGGAAGGACUAGCGCCAGAUUCCAUCACGUUCGUGCCCUUGGCUCAGGCUUGCGCGGCGGAGGAGAGCUUGACGGGGGCGAGAUGUGCCCACGGGCUCGCGAUUCGGGCGGGAGCCGCCGGUGACGUCUCCGUGGCCAACACCUUGAUUUCCUCCUACUCUAAGUGCGGGGACCUUGGCGCGGCGGAGUCGGCCUUCAGCGAGAUCUCCACCGGCGACCGGACCGUCGUCUCGUGGAACUCAAUGAUAGCUGGUUAUGCUCGUCACGGGAGACCGGCCGACGCCGCCGCCUGUUUCGGGGAGAUGCGACGCUGGCACGGGGGCCCGCCGGAAGCCUGCGCUGCCGUGAGCUUGCUGUCUGCCUGGGCGCUGUCGACGGCUCUUUCGGAAGGUGAGAAGGUGCACUCUCUUGCCAUCAGAGGAGGCUUGGAUUCGGACUCAACCGUGGGGAAUGCCCUCAUCUCUCUCUACUCCAAGUGCGACGACGUCGGCGCCGCUCGGCGCUGCUUCGAUGGCAUGCCGGAAAGGACCCCCGUUUCCUGGUCGACGAUGAUCGACGGGUACGCUUCGAGAGGCGCCGUCCCAAGAGCCCUGGAGCUGUUCCACGCCAUGGAGGCCUCCGGAGAGAAGCCCGACGGGUUCGCCGUCGCCGCCAUCCUUUCCGCCUGUGGCUGCUCGGGCGCCCUCGAUCUCGGACGGUCGAUGAACGGAUACGCCUUCGUCAAUGGGCUCGACAGUGGGGUCGUCGUCCGCAAUGCCCUCAUGGAUAUGUACAUGAAGUGCGGCUGUACCGCGGAGGCUCGAAGCCUGUUCGACGAGAUGCCCCACAGAACCGUGGUCUCCUGGACGACGAUGAUCUCCGGGUACGCCCUAAAUGGGUCCUUCUGCGAGGCCCUCGAUCUUUUCCACCGCAUGGCAGGCUCGGGAGAGCCGCCGAACUGCGUCACAUUCCUGGCCGUCCUCCAAGCUUGCGCCCAUGGCGGCCUCCUCAGGGAGGGUUGUGAGUACUUCGCCAUGAUGGCCGAGGUCUUCAAACUGGCCCCACGUUUGGAGCACUACGCGUGCGUCGUAGAUCUGCUCGGGCGGAGGGGCCGGCUGAAGGACGCCCUGAGCUUCGUCCGGUCGAUGCCCCUGGAGCCCGACGCCGGAGUGUGGGGGGCCCUGCUCGGCGCCUGCAGCGCCCACCGCGAGGUCGAACUCGGCGAGCACGCCGCCCGUCGGCUCCGCGAGAUGAAGCCUAGGGCGGCGGCUUCGUACGUGCCGCUGGCUAACGCCUACGCCUCCAGGGGGCGGUGGGACGACGUGGCGGCGGUGCGGGCCGCCAUGAGAUGGCAAGGUGCGAGGAAGGCCUCCGGCGAGAGCUCCCUCCACUCCGGUGGCCGUCUCCACAGCUUCGCAGCCCAGGACAGCUGCCACCCAGAGGCGGCGUUCGUCUGCGAUGUCCUGCGCGGGUUGGACGGCGUCAUGAGGGAAGAUCCUCAGUGCAUGGAUUUCGCUGCUGAUGUGUCCAAUUAUUAG